AUGAAAAUACAUACUGGAGAAAAACCUUUUUCAUGUAAUAUCUGUGAAUAUAAAUGUAUUCGAAAAAGUAAUUUGCAAUCACAUAUGAAAAUACAUACUGGAGAAAAACCUUUUUCGUGUCAUAUCUGUGAAUAUAAAAGUAUUACAAAAAGUAAUUUGCAAACACAUAUGAAAAUACAUACUGGAGAGAAACGUUUUUCGUGUCAUAUCUGUAAAUAUCAGUGUAUUCGAAAAAGUGAUUUGCAAUCACAUAUGAAAAUACAUACUGGAGAAAAACCUUUUUCAUGUAAUAUCUGUGAAUAUAAAUGUAUUACAAAAAGUGAUUUGCAAAGGCAUAUAAAAAUACAUACUGGAGAAAAACCUUUUUCAUGUAAUAUCUGUGAAUAUAAAUGUAUUACAAAAAGUGAUUUGCAAAGGCAUAUGAAAAUACAUACUGGAGAAAGACCUUAUUCGUGUAAUAUCUGUGAAUAUAAAUGUAUUACAAAAAGUGAUUUGCAAAGGCAUAUGAAAAUACAUACUGGAGAAAAACCUUAUUCGUGUAAUAUCUGUGGAUAUAAAUGUAUUCGAAAAAAUAGUUUACAGAAACAUAUGAAAAUACAUACUGGAGAAAAAUCUUUUUCGUGUCAUAUCUGUAAAUAUCAAUUUAUUCACAAAAGUAAUUUGUGGUAUCAUAUGAAAAUACAUACUGGAGAAAAACCUUUUUCAUGUAGUAUUUGUGAAUAUAAAUGUAUUAAAAAAAGUGAUUUGCAAAGGCAUAUGACAACACAUACUGGAGAAAAACCGUUUUCAUGUAAUAUCUGUGAAUAUAAAUUUAUUACAAAAAGUGAUUUGCAAAGGCAUAUGAAAAUACAUACUGGAGAAAAACCUUUUUCAUGUAAUAUCUGUGAAUAUAAAUGUAUAGAAAAAAGUUAUUUGCAAAAGCAUAUGAGAAUACAUACUGGAGAAAAACCGUUUUCAUGUAAUAUCUGUGAAUAUAAAUGUAUUAGAAAAGAUGUGUUGCAAACACAUAUGAAAAUACAUACUGGAGAUAAACCUUUUUCAUGUAAUAUCUGUAAAUAUCAAUCUAUUACAAAAAGUAAUUUGCAAUCACAUAUGAAAAUACAUACUGGAGAAAAACCUUUUUCGUGUCAUAUCUGUAAAUAUCAAUGUAUUCGAAAAAGUAAUUUGCAAUCACAUAUGAAAAUACAUACUGGAGAAAAACCUUUUUCGUGUAAUAUCUGCAAAUAUAAAUGUAUUACAAAAAGUAGUUUGAAAACACAUAUGAAAACUCACACUUGA